UAUAGUUUUUUCGUUUAUUAAUCUACUUCUUAAUGCCACAUACUACUUCAAAUACAGUAAACCAACUACAACUGACACUGAGUCUUGGCCUGUUCUCAUUAGGAGGAAGUACAAAGGUUGCACUGUACAGAAACUCCAACCCACUCCCAUUGUAGUUUACAACCCCACAUUUGCUGCUGGACUAUUAGAAGGGAUCAGAGCAACAUGAGGUGGCUUGCUGUUUCUGUGGUAGCAUUGACCGCGUUCUGCGAUGUCCUGGCUCAAUUUCCAUCCUUCUGUGACUUGCCAAAGGAUCCCGGACCUGGGAAGGAAGUUAUUGUUCUUCUCUAUUACAAUAAGGCAGAAGACAAGUGUCUCCCCUUCCACUAUGGAGGGCAGGAAGGCAAUGAGAACAGAUUUCUCACAGAUAGGAUGUGUCUGGGAAACUGCUCCAGCAAAGCAACAAAGGCGUAUCCUCCAGACGAAAGAGAAGCCUGUCACUUACCGAAGGAUUAUGGGCAUUGCAUGAGUCGAUAUUUACGUUGGUAUUACAAUCCCUAUAAAGGAAAAUGCAAAGGUUUCCAUUACACUGGCUGCGGGGGCAACGGAAACCGAUUUAGCAGCGAACAACUCUGCAACACCAGCUGUACUGGCAUUAUUGAUGUUGGGGACAUGGAUGAGGAGGAUGACACAGACACACCUGCUGGGCUGAUAAUCGGAAUUGUGCUAGGCCUCCUUGGAGCAAUUAUCAUGAUCGUUACAAUCGUCAUGGUUGUGACGAACAAGAAAACUGACACCAAAGAAACCAAGAAGGUGAAAAAAGAGGAUUCGCCUCUUCAAGCCGAAGGAAUCGAAAUGGCAUAGAUCCAGCAGUGACUGGAGAAACCAAUAGUCCUCUGGGUUAAUGCUACUGUGCAUAUGAUUAGCAUUCAUUGUGAUUAUAA